ACUGGAAACAUGAUGAAGGUUUUGAUUCCUCUCCUGGCUUUCCUGGCUAUCGCAGAUGGACUCGUUCGGGUUCCUCUCAUAAAGUUUAAGACCCCCUAUGAGCAGCUCAUUGAGGGUGGACAGCUGAAGAACUUCCUCACGAAUCUGCAGCUGAAUUCUGAUGGCUCUUACAACGAACCGCUCCUGAACUACAAGGACAUGGCCUAUUUUGGACAAAUCAGCAUUGGAACCCCACCUCAGAGCUUCUAUGUCCAUUUUGACACCGGCUCCACUGACUUAUGGAUCAACUCUGUCUACUGCAAGAGCGAGGCCUGCACCAUGCAUCAUCUGUUCAACCCUAAGGAAUCCUCCACCUAUUACAGCAAUAGGAAGCCCUUUUCAGUGCAUUACGUCUCUGGGAGCCUCACUGGCGUCAUUGGGUAUGACACUGUCUCUCUCCAAGGCCUUAAGGUCAAAAACCAAGAGAUCGGUCUGAGCAUCAAAGAACCUGGAAACCACUUUGCAAGACCACUGCAUGAUGGGAUCAUGGGAAUGGCUUUCAAGCAGCCAGGGGGAAUGACCCCUAUUGUGGACACAAUGAUAAAGGAAAACCUGCUGGAAGAACCCAUCUUUGCUUUCUACCUGACCAAUUCUGCAGGACAUGGAAGUGAGGUAGUGUUUGGAGGAGUAGAUCCUAAACACUACACUGGUGAAAUCCACUGGGUUCCAGUCAAACCUGGAAGCCACUGGCAGCUUGUUAUAGACAGUUUUGAGAUCGACCAUCAGGAGACUGGCUGGUGCAGUGGCGGAUGUUCAGCUAUCGUGGACACUGGUACCUCUCUCCUUACCUGCCCCCCACAAUUUGUUGACGAGCUAUACCACAAAAUUGGAGCUCGGGCCAACAAACAUGGAGAUUACGUUGUAGACUGUAACAACCUGAACAACCUGCCCACCUUGACCUUUAUUAUGAAUGGAGCACAUUUACAUUUGGAGCCCUCUUUCUAUACCUUGGUGGUAAAAAGGUACUGCAGGUUGGGCAUUAAAGCUUCCCAUGAAAAAUACCGGGAUGGAAAACCUUUCUGGACUUUGGGCGAUACCUUCAUUAGGCAGUUUUACACUGUCUUCGACCAAGGGAAAGCCAAAGUCGGAUUUGCUAAGGUGGCUUAAACCUCUCGGCCUAGCCCUGCUUUGUAACUGGAAAGCCUGGUUCCUUUGUGACUUUAAUAAAUUAACAAACUACUAUUAUGAUUGAACAUCGUAGAAUAGAGGAUAUUAAGAAAUUGAAAUAAUUAGAAAAGUAGACUGAAGUGUGGGUUGUCUCUGUAUCAAACCAAAGUCAAGUCAAUUCAAGUCAACUGUCCACAUCCUUUUAUCUUAAUAAUAAAAGCCUGUUGUCUCUUGAGACAAAUGUAGCCAUAUUCAGCAUUUUACUAUUAUUGAAUUAAA